UUUUUUAAAAAAAAAAAUGGAUGAUUCAAAUAUGUGACAUAAUUAGGACAAAGGUUGAGUUUCAUGUGAAAUUGUGCAAUGCCUCGAUACAAAGACGAGCCUCCUGCAGUUCGUGUUUACACUGUUUGCGAUGAAUCCAAAUAUUUGAUUGUGAGGAAUGUUCCGGCGUUGGGUUGUGGUGAUCAGCUCUCUCAACUAUUCUCCACUUACGGAGAAAUUGAAGAAUGUAAACCAAUGGAUGCUGAAGAUUGUGAGCCAUUUACAGACGUCUUCUGGAUCAGGUUUUGCCGGGUUGACAAUGCCAGAUUCGCCAAAAGGAAACUGGACGAGUCUGUUUUCCUAGGAAAAAAGCUACAGGUUUCUUAUGCACCUCAAUUUGAGAGUCUGCACGAGACGAAGGAGAAGUUAGAAGCAAGGAGAAAGGAAGUUUUAGCACGAUUAAAUCCUGGAAGGUCGAAAGGAUCUGCAACAUAUCGGCCAGAUAUGAUUGGUGAGCCCUCGAUAACUUCCUCUCCAGCCCAGUUGAAUUCUACUGCACAAUCAAUUGGCUCUAAUCAUAGGCAGAGCUCGAGUUCUCAGGGUAAUUCUGUUCAUGACAUGCAGUGUUCUCCCAUAACAAUGGUUUCUUCAGACAAGGAAUACUUUCCUUCACAAUCUAUGAAUCAAACUGUUAAGCUGGUCAGAGAUAAACUAAAUAAGAUACAAUCCAGUGCUGACCAUUUAGAAGAACCAUCCAAGCGAAAACGAGUUGACAAUAGGAGACGGAUAUAAAUUACAAUCCAGUGCGGACAUUUAGAAGAACCAUCCAAGCGAAAACGAGUUGACAACAGGAGACGGGUAUAAACCCUAUGCAGGUUUUGACAAGAGUAUAUGGCUAUGGAUUAGUGUUCCCCCAGAAUAUAUGAAAAUCUGUCUAUAGUUUCUUUUCCAUUCAGUAACAUUACCUCUUCCUGGAAAAUCAUCCCUUGAUGCUGAAUCUGUAAACCAAUACUUUUUAUGGGUUCUAGUCUGACUUCUUCACCAACUGGCCUCUAGGUAUCAACGAAAAUGAUGUCGUUCUUAUUUUAGCCCCCAAGUCUCCAAUUUCUUCUUUGUUUCUUCGAUGUUAUUUCAUCACUAUAAUUGAUAAUCCUAUGUAUACAGUUUUCAGAAUUUUCCAAGCAAGUUAAAGAUUGAAACCCAAGCUUAUUAUCACUAUUCCUGAACUGCUUGAUAAGGUCAAUGGGUUUAAAUUGCCUAGUUUGCUUUUCUGUCUCCAGAAAAUUCUGAUUAGAAUGUUCAACAUUUAAUGAUCUAGUUGAUAAAGCAGGGUACAUGAAUUGCGGUAACUGUGGGAUACAGCAAAGUGACAUUGCAGCAUUCAGUGUUUCAUGUGUUUGGUCCUGUUAUUUUUUUGUAUUCACAGUUGCAGAAGGGUAAGGCUGUUGUGUUUAUGGAUAAGUUCGACUUGGAAAUGAUGAUAUUGAGAGGGUACAAGGUGACGUAUUUAUGGAUUGUUUCUCAGAUGUUUUAGCAUUCGCAAAGAAUCCUAUGGUGAAUCAUAAUUUAACUUCAUUGAAGCAUGUUGGAUCUGGUGCUGCACCUUUAGGGAAGGAAGUUGAUGGAUGAAUACAAUAAGGCUGCAGACACAGGAUCAGCAGGGAGUCAUUACUUCCAGGGAAUGGAAGCUCAAAUAGUCGAGAGUUGAUAAACUGAAGCCUCUUCCUCCCGGACAAUUAGGGAAAAUAUGGGUGCACACAAGGCAAUUUCAACAAUCCGUAGUGCAGAUAUUGGGUUAAAGGUCUCUGUUUUUCAUUCUGAAAUAUUAAAUGCUGCUGUUGUACCAAUUCCUGAUGCUGCUAGUGAAUGAGCUUAGUAUUCUAACAAGGGAGACUCAAAGAAGUUAAAAAAAUGUAAUAGCAGUAUGUGUUCCUACGCCCUA